AUGUCAGUAGAUUUCAGAAGUCAAGGUCCCUACCAACCGCCUUGGGCGGAUGUCUGCAUCAUUGGUAUUGCGGGCAGUUCUGGCUCAGGAAAGUCUACGUUGUCACAUGCCAUCGUAUCCCAAUUGAAUCUUCCAUGGGUCGUCAUUCUGUCUAUGGACUCAUUUUACAAAACUUUAGAUGAAGAAUCUUCAAGAAGAGCGUUCAGAAACGAGUACGACUUCGAUUCACCUGAUGCUAUCGAUUUCGACGUACUGGUUGAUCGGUUGCAGGAUCUUAAAGCUGGAAAACGUGCCGAAAUCCCAAUUUACUCAUUUUCAAAGCAUGCCCGGGAAAAGGAAACUACUUCUAUUUACUCGCCACAUGUUCUUAUCCUAGAAGGCAUAUUUGCGUUGUAUGAUGAGAGAGUUUUGGAGCUUCUGGAUAUGAAGAUAUUUUGCGACGCAGAUGCAGAUACUUGCUUGUCUCGGAGAAUUCUACGAGAUGUGUCGGAGCGUGGCCGAGAUAUUGAGGGUUGUAUAAAACAGUGGUUCGGUUUUGUGAAGCCAAAUUUUGAACGAUAUGUUGAGCCUCAAAAGAAGGUUGCUGAUAUAAUCGUUCCAAGAGGCAUAGAAAACCGUGUAGCCAUUGUAAUGAUAAAACAGUACAUUGAGCGGAAGCUAGUUGAGAAGUCGAAAAGCCAUCGGGCAGCGCUCAAGAAAUUAGGACAGAGCUCAGAAGAUGAUCCUCUCUCAGCCAAGGUCGAACUUCUCGAACAGACUCCUCAAGUCCGUGGCAUGAAUACCAUCAUCCAAAACAUUGAUACGACAACUGAGGACUUUAUUUUCUACUUCGACAGAAUAGUCACGUUGCUGGUAGAACAUGCCAUGAACAACGUUUACUUCAAGGAAAAGACCAUUCAGACGCCCACCGGAAACAGAUAUCACGGCCUAACAGCCACAGGCGAAACCAGCGCCGUAGUAAUCCUCCGCGCCGGCUCUACUUUCGAAACUGGUCUCAAGCGCGUAUUACCAGAUUGCAGGACUGGUCGACUCCUCAUCCAAUCAAACGUUCGCACCGGAGAACCAGAACUCCACUACCUCAAGCUCCCAGAAGAUGUUCGUAAGCACGACGGCGUGCUGAUUCUCGACCCUCAGAUGUCAAGCGGCGGGGCAGCUCUCAUGGCCGUGCAGAUUCUGGUCGACCAUGGUGUUCCGGAGGAGAAGAUCGUGUUUGUUACAUAUUUUGCAGGGAGGAUUGGCCUUAAUAGGUUAACGAAAGUUUUCCCUGGAGUCCGAGUCGUGGUUUGUACUAUCGUGGCGGAUUUCGAGGAGCGUUGGAUUGAGAAGAGGUAUCUUGGAUGUUAG